GAUUCGCGGACUCCAUCUCCCGUCGCGCCCCGCGGCGCUGCCAGCCCGCCAUGGCGUCCGCCGGCGGCGCGGAGCCCGAGCGGCCGCACCCGAAGCCUUUUCUCAUCGGCGUCAGCGGCGGCACCGCCAGCGGCAAGUCCACAGUGUGCGAGAAGAUCAUGGAGCUGCUGGGGCAGAACGCGGUGGAGCGGCGGCAGCGCAAGGUGCAGAUCCUGAGCCAGGACAGCUUCUACCGGGUGCUGAGCGCCGAGCAGCAGGCCAAGGCGCUCAAGGGACAGUACAACUUCGACCACCCGGAUGCUUUUGAUAAUGAUUUGAUGCAUACAACCCUGAAAAACAUUGUUGAGGGGAAGACAGUUGAGGUACCAACGUACGACUUCGUGACCCAUUCUAGGCUGGCGGAGACAACCGUGGUCUAUCCCGCAGACGUUGUCCUCUUUGAGGGGAUCCUGGUUUUCUACAAUCAAGACAUCCGGGACAUGUUCCACCUGCGGCUCUUUGUCGACACGGAUUCCGACGUCCGGCUGUCCCGCAGAGUUCUGCGAGAUAUGAAACGCGGGAGGGACCUUGAGCAGAUCCUCACCCAGUACACCACGUUCGUCAAACCUGCCUUUGAGGAGUUCUGCUUACCGACAAAAAAGUACGCAGACGUGAUCAUUCCCCGAGGAGUUGACAACAUGGUUGCCAUAAACCUCAUAGUGCAGCACAUUCAAGACAUCCUGAACGGAGACAUCUGCAAGUGGCAGCGAGGGGCGAUGAAUGGACACGGUCGGACCUACAAGCGCCCGUUCCCCGAGCAGACGGAGAGCAGCAGCGUGCUCGCCACCGGCAAACGCUCCCACCUGGAGUCCAGCAGCCGUCCCCACUAACCCAGCGGUGUCGGGAGGAUUUGCCUCUGCUCCAGACCAACACUGAAGACAACUUUGGGAAAGGACUUCAACGGAAUGGUUGGUGAAGUGCCCUUUGUAUCAUCCCAGCAGCGGAUACUGGUGAGAAACUCCUCGCAGGGUGGAGAGGAAGUAGCUAUUAUGUUACUUGAUAAACUUGAUUUAUUUUUAAUUUUCAAAAUGAGGUCUAAUGCUGAGGUCUCCCCUGAAAAUUAAGUGCUACCAGAUGAUUAGCAAGAUACCCCAUUUCCCUGAUGAUCAUCUUCCUUAGCAGGAAAAUUAUCUGCCUGUUUUUUCAAAAGAAAAAACAGUUUCUGUAUCUAAGACUAGCUCACACCAUGUUCCUGUUAACAAGCUGGUGCAGUCCUUGCUCUUCACUUUGUUGGUACCUUGAGUUCUGCUGUUGCUCUCCCACCAGCCAGUCUUUUUAGCCAGUAGUAGCAUGUGGGGCAGGAUUGACCUGUAGAGGAAUUGCUGAGAUGAAACAGCGGCUGUAUGGGACAAAAGGGAACUUGCAGUUCAUUCUGGGGACAGGCCCAAGAAAUUGUGUGAUUCUGGUUCCUAAUUCAUUCCGUUGUAGGCUCCCGAACUUUGGUACACUGUGUGAUUAUUUUUGUUACCCAAGUAGUCUCCUUCUCCUGUUAUUGCAUGUGUGAGCUCCAACUGGAUUGAGUUGCUCAUGGAAAUGGAAACCUGACCUUGUCAGUAUUAGCGUGUUUUAGGGCAUUUCUGUCCUGCUGGUUGCAGAUUCUGCUGGGCGGAAUCCGUCCACGUCCAGAGCUGGGUGGGAAGAGCAGCAAGGGGGAAAGCUGUAAACGGCAAGAUCCCCCUGCUGAUGGCACAAACGGUUCUCUGGACACGCUUCAACCCUCUAACAGGGUCAAAGCGCUUGCCUUGCAUUCAGGCAGUUUAAAUUCCAGAAUGUCUGUUCUUCUAAGAAAAAAAAGAGCAGACAAGAGGCUGGAAGUAUAAACAGUGACAUCCCAGUUUGUGUAGUUUACCCCAGAUAAGUGACACUGCAGCAACAUGAAGUUUUUGGGGAGGAAAAAGAAGAAAUCUGAACUGAAGUAGCAGUUGGGCCUUUGAAAAAUGUCCUUGUGAUAUUGAGUCUGGAUUUAUGGUGUAAUUUUGAGAGUGAGGGUGGGGGAAAAUAUUAUGAAAAGGAACUUUUUCUUAUUUGCUACAGGGUCUGGCUGUGUUGGUUGUGGGUGUGUUAUUUGGCUAAUAAGGAAAUGCACAAACAGUGAGUGGAAAUCACCAUUUUAUAGAAAAGGUAUUUGUGCUGCUUGCACUACACCAGCACAAAGGUAUGGGAGGGAGUCCUUCUGGAGAUGCUGUUACACUCAACAGCUCUUUCUCCAUUUAACUCCAAAUUGUUUAGUUCUGUAAUGGCUGAAGCUUUAGAGGAGAAAAAAAAAUAUCUUAAGGAAAUGCAGUCUGCACUUUCAUCCCUUUAGUCUUUGCGACACUGGAGGUUGGUAAAGGGUCGUUGUGUGUUCGCGGUCUUCACAGUUCUGUGGUACGUGUCUGGAAUGCCGAGGAGAAAGCAGCUCAUCGCCAAACUGCUGCUGGUGCUGUUUGGCUCAGGGUGACAGGCUUAGAGUGUGAGCUACUGCACGAAGCAUUUGCUCUCGGGGCUGAUAAAGCGGAGGCAAAAUAGUCACUAAAACCUGCUUUGAAUGACUGUGGUGGUUGAUCAUACUGUCCUCGGGGAGGGUGGGGAGCUCAAAGCAGCCCUGAAUAGCAUUUGUUAGAGCUGUGAAGAACUCUAAGGUUAAAAACCCCCUGCUCUGUUUGGGACUGCUGUUCUUGGUCAGCGUUGAGCUGUAUUGCAAGAUCCCGCUGCUGCAGCCACGUGGAAAAAAGAAAUCAAAUGUGGCAUAGGUACGAUAACCUUGUUAAAUACCUGUACAGAGCCAUUACCAACUUGCACCUUCUCCUGCCCUGUGAAUUCCUCUGCUGGUGCCAGCCAGGCAUGGGCUGAGCUCCCGACAGUGUUUUUACCCCGAACCCCUGUGUACAGGUUAGAACAGGUUUCCUUGGCAGCACCAUCAGUUCUGCCUUGCUCAGAGUCCCUCUUCCUAUGAGAUCUAAGGUGUAACCUGGUGAGCCUGCUAGUAACAGGCCGCUGGCUUUGUGUGAACACAAGGCCAAAGGAUUCUGCUGGCUUGGGCUGAGUUCUUGGCCUGCCUGAAGCUUUGUUUUAGCUUGUUUAGCUGUAACAGCAAUUUUUUUAAUGUCUAUUUGUUUUAUUUUUGCUUAGCUUCAUUAAAAUUAUGGUUAUGCCAAAUGAUUAUAAAUAGAUAACAGUACCAAGUCAUUAUUCUAAGCAGAAUGAACUAUUUAUAAACUUAGCUUAAUGCUGUAAUGUAAUGAAAGAGGGAUGAUAGCAGAGAUUGCAAGUGGGGGCAAAUAACGCAUUGCUGAGGAAUACAGUCAUGGGAUGAUGCUGAAGACUGCAGGGCUGAUUACUGAUAAUUAAGGACGUGUAAACUUUGGAGCUGGGAAAACCCAGUUUUUAAGCGUAACGAAGAAAAUGGAAAAGUAUCUAAUAUGUUGGAGACUAUCUAUUUAUAGUAACUUGUUGUAACAUAGAAUUGCAGACCAAGGUGCUAGGGAACAUUUAAAAUAGCCCCAAGUGCAACAUAAUGCAAGAGGAAGAAACCACCAACAUGAGAUGCCCAGGGAAGAGGAAGAAGCAGCCUGUUCAGUGUCCUCUUCCCAGCAAAGGACCCAGGAUGCUGUUGACUGAAGGCAGCAGCCUUAGAGCCUGAGGUGCAGCGGAAGGGUGAACGUAACAAGGGUGGAGACUGGGAGUUGUGCUCGUAACAGCUAUAUUACUGUUGAGACCUUUUUUUGUAACAGUAUUCUUUUAUUUUUCUGUAGCAGAUCUGGACUACUCUUAUUUGAUCGGACUGUUAAGAUUGCAUUUAUACUAACAAUAAAUUCUUGGCUUUGCAUAAAA